GGUGGAGUAAUUGUAUGACAAGAAGAUGGCGAGCGGGGUUGGAAGUGAGUAAAUGAGCCUGCUGUCAAAUUAGAUACUGUAAAUGCUUUUUAAUGCAUGGCAACCAAGUGUUCAUGAACCGUUUGCACACGAUAGUCAUGUGAUUGAUCUAAAGUUAGACGGCUUUGCAAAUCGGUGAAUUCUUACUAGCCUACCCCUGCUAGCACGAGCUUUGAAUGAAUGGCUCACUCUUCUCUUCGUUAGCUGACCAGUUAGCAGAAGCUCGCUAGUUAGCUAUAGUAAGUCACCAGCAAAACAUUGCUAGUAGGUGCUUGUGCGUAUUUGUGCGGAAGUUCAUUGUUUCAUAUGUCCGCUUAGAAAGGUGUUGAUAUGGGUGCUUCAUGACUUUUGAAACAUUCGUAGGGCAUUUCGUAACACUGCUCUCAAGGUGGUAGCUAGGUCUAGCUAGCGCAACAUUUAUUUUCAACCCCCCCGUACAUGGGGUAGAGUCUUGGUAUUCAGUGUGGCCUAACCUGCUUAGUUAUUUAUCUGAGAGCUUCUUUCAUAAUUGUUAGUUGACACAAUGGGAUUUGUUUUGCAGGCUCUUGGGACAUGCUGACCUGUAAAAUAUUAUGUGAUUACCAUAAAUUGUUUUUUUUUUUAUAUUACCUGUCCUGACUAAUAAGUGCCCCCCCCGAUCCACUCCUUAUCUGCAGAACACAAGUUGCUUGCGAUGGGGCCAACGGAGCCAUGGUCGGUGAGGGAGAAGCUGUGCUUGGCCACCUCUGUCAUGAAGAGUGGGGACCAGAACUGGUAAUGCAGCAGGCUUGUCUACCUACAUCAUGUUACUGUACCUAUUUUUUUGGACAGACCAGUCGAAUCUUAGCCAGCCACCAACUUUCACUGAGUAAGACUUCCAUGAAUGGAAACAAGCAAUAGGCUAAUUGUCCCCAAUUGAUUAUGUGAGGAAAGAUUUUGGAAUAGCACUGGUCAGUCGAAUAGGAAUUGUGAUGAUGCAAUAAUAGGAUAUCUACACCCACAGGGUGUCUGUCAGUCGAGCCAUCAAACCAUUUGCAGAGCCAGGACGACCCCCUGACUGGUUCUCACAGAAGGUAGGAUAUGCUUCUAGAUGAACACCAUGGACAAACAAGAACCUGAUGAUAGCAUCUGAAAGAUAUUUGUCUUUGGUGCCCACAAUGCAGUAACCUUAUGGACUCUUGCCGAAAGGGUUGAUUGAGUGAGAUAGGUGGCAUGGGUCCUUCAACGUUUCCCCUGCAUUUAACAGCAGCACACCACUAUAUAUAAUUUUGUAUUUUUUGAUAAUAAUUUUUGGGAUGGUUAAAUGUUUUCAGUGUAAAGUUAAACAACUAAAACCAGAUAAAAGUAUGUAGAAAAUGUAAUUGAGCAAUAUAUUUUUUUAAACAAGAUCAUCUUUGAGAACUAACAAUCAGCAAAAUAAAUACUAGACAGUCAGGGAGAUUCUAAAAUAUAAAAAAAAAAUGUGCAACUCAAUAUUAGAAAGGUGUUCUUAAUAUUUUGUACACUCAGUGUAAAUGCAGCCUGUUGAAUUAAAGGAAAUAACUGCCUUAUUCUUCUCUCUCCCUAUCUCUCUUUUCAUAUAGCACUGUGCCUCCCAGUACUCAGAACUCCUGGAGACGACAGAGACUCCAAAGUGAGCACAGCAGUAACUGUUAUGUUGAUGUAUUUUCCUGUGUGUGGCUGGAUCUGUGAUGAUUCUUCUGGUGCAUUUCCUAUGUUCAGAGGGGGUUGGAGAACAUGGAUAGUGUGUUAGUCUGAAGGGGGCAGGCAUUGGUUUAUGGAUGACACGAUCUUGUCUGGAUGGUUUAUGUUUAUGACACGGUAUCUCUCACCAGACGGAAGCGUGGUGAGAAAGGUGAGGUGGUGGAGACAGUGGAGGAUGUGAUAGUCCGCAGGCUCACGGCAGAGAGGAUUGAUGAGCUGAAGAGACUGAUCAAAGACACACAGGAGAAGCACAGGUACACAGACUUUGUGUAAUCUCUGAUAGAAGUGGGACUAUCUACUCAAGAGACUCAUGGCCUUUAGUAGAUCUUUGCUGCUACUUUAUUGACCCAACUCUGAUGUCAGUUGUUGAUCUGCUGCAUUCACAGGAAGCUGAAGAAAGAGGCAGAGCUGAUCCAAGCUGGGCACCUGGACUCCAAACUAGAGGAGCUAUGGGGAGAGAUUGUGCAGUAUGAGACUUUCUGUUACUAUUUCUGUAUCUAAUUACCUGUCUAUUUGUAUUUUUCUGAAAAAUACUUUCUGUGCCUGUCAGGAAGAAGAAACAGGAAGAGGAGGAGGCAGACAUGAAAAGAAAGGCCACAGAUACAGCCUAUCUAGGUAAAAGAUAACCCACUUCAUGCACACCACAAGCUGCUUUUGCCUGUAGCUUUUCUUUAUCUACUCAGUAAAUAUAACAGUAUUUCCUGCUAUUGCUCCUUCGGCACCCCUUUGUAUCAGUCUUAUUGCAAACCUUGUAGAACUCAAUAUACCAGGUAGUAUACAGGUUGAUUCAGAUUUAUUUUGUGUUUCUUCAAUGAUUCAAUAUACCCACAGGGGAUGUUGAAAUAAAAAUCAUACGAAGGGGUUUGGAUGAGGAGCUCUAUCAGAAAGUAUAUCUAAGGCUGAGAUAGAUUUGUACACAGCCACAAAAGGUGGUCAAAGUAAUUAGUGGAUCAACUGUAGUGUGAUUGGUCAAACUAAGAACAGUCUCACCCCGCCGCCCCACCCCCCUUCCAGCCAGACAGGCGGUGAAGAACACCCCUAAACGAGUGCCCAGUGUGACCGUGCGCUCUCCCCCGGGGUGCGGCUCGCCAAGCCUCGAGUUCUGCCAAGGGGACACACCCCAGAACACACCCGAGGACCCCAGCACCUCAGUGACUGUGAGUCCCUGUCAGCUACAGGGGAACGGGGCAGGGGCAGGGGCAGGUAGAGAGAUGAUUGGAGUUCAGUAAAAACAUUCUGUUUUUGUCCAUGUCAAUUUGAUGUGCUGCCACAUGCUACACAAAAUGCCUUUUCCUCGGUCUGCCUGCCUCUCUCCCAUGUUAUAUCCCUCCUUUUCCCUUUUCCCAACUUUCAUUUUCUCCCCUCCUCUCCGUAGGCCCCAGAAGCAGCAGGGUUCAUGCCCCUGACUGAGGCCUGUGGGCUGGGUGGUGCAGAGUCAGGCCUGGGCACUCUUCUGGAUGACUCCCCACAAAAGAAGAUCUUGGGCCAGAAAGCCACGCCACCACCAUCCCCUCUCCUCUCUGAGCUACUGAAGAAAGGCAGUCUCAUACCCACAAGCCCCAGACUGGUAUGUCUGAGAGGAAACACUGUAUUAUGCCAUAGGGAUUGUUCACUUCCAUAAUAUUUAAAAACGUCCAAAUGUAACUACCCAUAGCCAUUUCAACAUCUUAGACUCAUCGUCAGAUGAUUCCUGUUGCAGUUACAGAGUGCUGUGUUUGUCUCAUAGGUUGGAGAUGGUGACCUGCCUGGUAAUAUGACAAUAGCACAUGACCUACAGCUCACAGCCUCCAUUCUCCCUGGCUGUCUAGCAACAGGUACAUAUACCCACUCACACUUAUGCUUUUGCAUAAACACCCAGCAGAAAGCUUGCUUCUAGAAUGUUUGCAGAUGUGUACCGGUCCAUGUUUGUGUUUGCUAGACUUAGGUAAUCAAAUAGUUAAAAUGUAGUAUUGCUUAGCGUGGCAUUUGUGACUAGAUCAAGGCUCUGUACGCUGUGUGUGUGUGUCCGUGUGCGCUAGGUGCCCCUACACUUUCUCGUCUGCUGGAGGCUGGGCCUCAGUUCUCAGCUCCGCUGGGCUCCUUGGCCAGCAGCACAGACUCCUCCAGUGCCCUUCUCACAGCUGCUGCACCCCCCACUAUGGACUCCCCCGCCUCACUACACACAGGUCUCUCCCGUUCCCUCCCUCCCUCUCUCUGCUUCUACACUGUACAAUCACAGAUCCUCUUCAUUCUUUCUUCGUUACUUCCUCCCCAGCAUCUUUUCUGUGUCUGUCAGCUGACCGUCACACUACUGUACGUGGCGUCUCAGUCCAUCUCAUCUCCGACAUGAACGUGAAGCACAUCACCAUGAUCAUGUCCUCCAUCUGUUGUCUUUACGCAGAGAUUGAAUAUGGAUCAUGUUAUAAGGCUGUUAAUACUACCUGUGUGUGUGUGUGCGUGUGUGUGUGUAUAGGAGGGGAUGAGGUAGAGGCCUCCCAGCCUGGCCCAGGGGAGGGUACAGAAGAGGGUCUAGUGACGGUGCCCUACAUGGGAGAUGAACUGGACCUGGAGACAGUGGGGGACAUCAUCGCCAUCAUCGAGGAUAAGGUGCUCGUCCUCCGCCUCACACACCUAAAAACAUUGAUUGAUACCUGUUCUGCAGGUAGCCUAGCGUUUAAGAGUGUUGGGCCAGUAACCAAAAGGUCACUGGUUUGAAUCCUCGAGCUGACUAGGUGAAAAAUCUGUCUGUGCCCUUGAGGAAGGCACUUAACCCUUAUUGCUCCUGUAAGUCACUCUGGAUAAGAGCGUCUGCUAAAUGACUAAAAAUAUAAAAAUCAAGUGACAGGCUCUGACCUCUUUUGUCCUAUAGGGUGAUGAGAAUGCAGAGGCUCUGGAUGCGGCUGCAGUGGAGGCCGCUCUGUCCCUGUGUGAGGAGACGGGCCACGCCCUGUCUGGCCCCUGGGAGCCAGGCCCCUUCAAGCCCCCUGAGUCUAACCCUGCCACCCCUACCAGGGCCCCACAAGCCUCCUCAUACCCCUCCCUCCACGGCAGUCUGGAGGUGAAGAGGGAGGUCCUGGAGAUACGGGGUGGGGCCUUUGCAUGUGACAGCCAGGACAACUGUACCUCAGGGUACCCACACCCCCUGGGCAUCAGUGGCCUUCCUCCCUCCUCCUGCUCUUCUAUGAUGCUGGAGCACAGCCAGGCUAUUGGCGCACGUCUGCAGCAUGGGGUCAUGGGCGGGGCCGAUGGGGAGGGAAGCCCCGUCUCUCCCCAUGUUACCAUCAAGUGUGAGAGUGAAGAGUGGACGCAGCAAGGAGCUGAUACACCACAUGCAGGUAUACACCCACUCAUAGCCCUGGCACAUCAAACUGACAGUCAUACAGGUGCCAACACCAACCUGUUAUGUUCUUAGCAUGACUUCCUGUUUCUCUCUUUUCACUUUCACUUUCUCCCUCAGACUCUGAGGGUGACCCCAUGACAAGAGGACACUCCAAGGUACACGUCCCACUGAGGAGAGAACAGGGGUCUUGUGCUGAGACCUGUUAUUCUUGUGUUAGAACAGGGGUCUUCAACCUUUUCUUGCCAAGGGACCCCCGCCAAGGCAAACCGGCAACCCAGGGACCCCCAUCAUAAGUUAGCAAAAAAACGUUUUUCCACAUGUCCUGUCUUAUCAUCAAUCAAUCAAUCAAAUGUAUUUAUAAAGCCCUUUUUACAUCAGCAGAUGUCACAAAGUGCUUAUACGGAAACCCAGCCUAAAACCCCAAACAUAAGCAAUGCAGAUGUAGAAGCACGGUGGCUAGGAAAAACUCCCUAGAAAGGCACUAACCUAGGAAGAAACCUAGAGAGAAGCCAGGCUCUGAGGGGUGGCCAGUCCUCUUCUGGCUGUGCCGGGUGGAGAUUAUAAGAGUACAAGGCCAUUACGGCCAAAUUGUUCUUCAAGAUGUUCAAACGUUCAUAGAUGACCAGCAUGGUCAAAAAAUAAUCACAGUGGUUGUAGAGGGUGCAACAGGUCAGUACAUCAGGUAUAAAUGGUGAAUCAUCAGAUAAUGAUAAUGGCAAGGAGAAGUAAUCAGAUCGUUUUUUCAUUAAUUUGACAUCCCACACAUGAUAAUUGGAAGAGGAAGUGUAAACUCAUAACACUCGCAGGUGCUUUUUCAAAUCCAGUGUGAGAUACUCCAAUGAGUGUAAUUUGCUCAAUAUUAGGAAGACAAAGGAUUCUCCUCUUUUCUACUGUAGGUAUCUAACUCAGUCUCUCUCCCCAUCUCUCUGUACCUGUGUUGCAUGUGAAGGAGGAAGAGGAGGGGGUGAGCGACGGAGAGGAGAGGAGUGCCUCAGAGACUAAAGAGGGCCUGGAUGGGGGGGAUGAGGAGGGGGACGGAGACGAGCCGGAGGCCUUCCUGUCGGAGGCAGAAGGGGAGACGGAGCUGGAGCCCCCAGCCAGUGAGAGUGAGGACAGCUAUAGUCUGCACACAGCCUCUUCCUCUCUGCAGCUCCACACCACCGCAGACUCUAUCCCCAGCAGCCCUGCCUCCUCCCAGUUGUGAGUCACACACACACACACACACACACACAUACACACACACACACACACACACACCACCAAGCAUGUGUAUAUCAUGUCAAAACUCCUCUCUUUCUCUCUCCCCUUCUUCCUUUGCUAUGCAGUUCAAUGUGCAGUGAGGACCAGGAGGCCAUACAGGCACAGAAGAUCUGGAAGAAAGCUAUCAUGCUGGUAUGGCGAGCAGCCGCCAAUCAUAGGUAACAAUCUCACUCAUGAAACCCAGGUCUACAACAGGACCCUGCCUGCACCAUGCACCAUGCCUCUCAUUUCAGCUUCUGAAAGUGAUGUCCAUGCUGUUUUCCUGGUGCAGGUAUGCUAAUGUCUUCCUGCAGCCUGUGACUGAUGACAUUGCCCCGGGGUACCACAGUAUUGUGCACAGGUAAGCACUGACCACUGACACAGGGGACAGGUGCUUUCUCUGCUGGCUUGGUCUCCCCAUUUAGUGUAUCUGUUGGACAAUCUGACCCCUCCUUUCUCCUCCACCCCAGGCCCAUGGACCUGUCCACCAUUAAGAAAAACAUUGAGACAGGUCUGAUCCGCACCACGGCAGAGUUCCAGCGGGACAUCAUGCUGAUGUUCCAGAACGCGGUGAUGUACAACAGCUGUGACCACGACGUGUUCCACAUGGCCCUGGAGAUGCAGAGGGACGUCCUGGAACAGGUCCAGCAGUACCUGGCCACACAGCUCAUCAUGCAGACCUCCGAGUCGGGCAUCAGCGCCAAGAGCCUGAGGGGCCGGGAGAGCACCCGCAAACAGGACCCCUCGGACAAGGUGCUCCUCUCAGUGGGACCGCACGGGAUAGAGGGUCUUUAGAUAGGAAUGAGAGGAGAGAGUAGGGGGAAUGGAGAGUCUAGGAGAGGAAAGGAAAGUGAGGAUUUGGGGAUGAAAGAAGAGACGGAUUAGGGAUCCGUUUAACUGUAAAAGGAAAUGACAUAAGUCUCUUACCUUUGGAAGGCAGCUAGACCCUCUCCUAGAUUUUAUAGGAGGGUACAUGUAUGUCAGCCAUGGUGUCUUCCUAACGCAUGAUCAUGUGCUUUGGUGUUCAUUUGAUCCAUUUCACCACUGACAUCCUUCACUAUUCUCCAUUCUGAGUUGCCAUGGAUGGAGACCAUACUGUUGGUGGGCUUCAUGGGCUUAGAUGGUGAUAAACUCAUGAUAGUAGAUAGGAACCUGACUCCCUCAGAUAAUACUGCUAAUACUGUUGAAUUGCAUUACAGACAAGAACACAAAAUAGUCAAACACAUGCACUGCACCCAUACCUGUGCAGAUAUAGCGACAACGCGAGACAAAGAUCACUGCGAGUCCACGCAGUUGAAAUCAAAUCAAAGUUGAUUUCUCACGGGCACAGGAUACAGCAGGUGUAAACAGUGCAGUGAAAUGCUUGCUUGCAAGCUCUUCCUCAACAAUGCAGUAAUACUAAGUCAUAUGAAAGAAAUACACACCAGAAACUACACUAUAUACAAGAUCAGUACCAGUACAGUGCGAAUCAAUGUCAGAGAUACUAGUGACAGUUGAGGGAAGGCAAUGCAUAUGUAAUCCGGUUCAAUUUCUCUCAACUCUCUCAACUGGCAAUCUGAUACACACACACACACUGAUAUUUUCUUUCUUUCUUUCUCAUCCUUCAUCCUUUCACGGCCUCUGUGUCUACACUUGUGUGUGUUGGCUUCAUUGAUCUGUGUGUGUAUCUGUGUUGUUUGUGUGGGUGUAUGUGUGUGCGGUGUGUGUGUGUGUGUACCCCACUUCAUUGCAUCAAUGUGUGUAAAGACAUAGCCAUGGCAGCACUCCAACCUUGUGUUCCUCUCCAGUGUCUCUGGCUGGUAGAUAGUCUCUAAGCAGGAGAGAGGGUCAAGGUUUAGGGGGGUUUAGAAUGAGUUAUUUUGGAUUUAGUGCAACAGAUCCAAUUUGUAUUAUAGUAUUUUUAAAAUAUUUAUUUUAGGGGGUGGAUCAUCUUUAAUAUUGCAUAUAGAUUGUGGCUUCUAUCAGAGUAGUUGUCUGCAUCAUUUCCAAUCCCCCUUAUGUUUAAAAAUAAUAAUAUAUAUAUUAUUUUAAAUAUGUAUUUUUUAAAUAUAUUUUCCUUCCUUAUUAUUUGCCCGUAACCCUACCACCCCUCCCUUAAUUGGAGUAAACUAAUGGACAACAACACUUAGGCUUCUACUUCCAGUUUAUACAUACUAUAUGCAUUUUACAGACACAGUAUAUUUUACAUUAGUUAUCUUUUGUUUGUUUUUAGUCCCAUCCUUCAGCUACCCUCAACCCCUCCCAUCCAGGUUUGAUUUCUAGCUGCCAUAUAUUUUCUCACUGUGCUGUGAUGUUUCACAAAAGUUCUGAACCUUUCUAUUCGCAUAGUUUCUACAGAUUGUAAAUUAAAGAGAAACAUUUUUGGUAAGAGUAUUAUAUUAUAGUAUUUCAAACUCAAGUAUUUUUGCAAUGCUACAGAAUUUCACAUAUGGCCAAAAGUCACAUGAUACAUGUUGUUGCAUAUUGCAGUUCAAGUUUUAAGAUGGGAUGCUUAUAUUUAGUUCAUCACAAAGGCUCCAACGAUAUCUUCACAAUCCAAGUGAGGAAUUGGUUCCCCACCUGUAUUUAAGUAAAGGAGUUGGGUCAGUUCUUGGACCACUCCUGUGAGAAGAUGGGUCCUGCUUCAUUAUGUGUUCCAACAGGUUUAUAUUUUAUACGGUAUUUAGUGUCCAUGAGUAGUGGUGUUCACUUAUUUUAUACCCUCAUGUUUUUUCUGUAUACGAUAGACCCAUCAGAGAAAUUAGGUGCAUCUUUCUUUAAUGCAGUUCUCUUUUGGAGUGUGUUGUCAGUGUGUCGUCAGUGUGUCGUCAGUGCGUGUGCUCCACUGCUCCUCUUCUUUCCUUGUUCUGUGUCUUUGUUCCCUCUCUCUGACUAUCCUCUGUCCUCUCACAGGACAGUGUCCCCAUGGCCUCUCCUGCCUUCCUUCUCUCUCUCUUUGUAAGUACCCAGUCUGCAGGUUAUGACCUGUCAAGACUACAGCUAGGGUAUUUGCAUUCUGGCCCCAGGUCAGAUUGAAUACUUGCCUGACGACUCAUCCUGAAUUUGAUUUCGCUGCUCUAUCGAUCGCUCCAUGCGUCAUUCUGAACCUGCUACCCUGGAAGUCAUUUGUGCUGAUGUCAAAAUGACGUGAUUCGUGUAGGCCGGCUCUGGCCCAGCCCAUCGGUUUCUGGGACCAAUCAGAGUGGUCAGAAUGUGUUUGCAUUCGAGAAGCAAAUCCAGACUCAUCGUGGAGGAGAAACGUUAGUGGGCGUGGCGUUUGGCCGGAGCGAUAUGGAUGGGUAGGCAGGCAAAUUGAAUACCCCUGCUCUAUAGUAUUCUCUUUUUUACAUUUCCUCUCUUUCUCUCCCUCUUUCUCUCUCUCACACACACACACUCCUACAAACACAUGCAGGCAUAGAUACAAAUUGGCUUGCUUACUUUCAUGCACACAAGCUAAUUGACACGUGUUUGCAAGUUGCAUUGAAUCUAAAUGUUGAACCAUGUUUCCUAUCAUGUUCAAACAAACACUAAAUAUGAGGGCCAGUCUGUCCGGUGUUGUCUAGGGUGAUGGCUAGUUUUUGGACCAGACUUAACCCGUCUCCUCUCUUUGCCUUUACAGGAUGGGGGCACCAGGGGGCGCCGUUGUGCCAUAGAAGCUGACCUGAAGAUGAAGAAAUGA